UAUCGAUUUAUGUCGCAUGAAAACAACAGAAACGUAAAACGUCGUGCGAUUCUCGUAGAAAUAAGGAUAAUUCUAAUCGAAGAGUAGGUGAAAUCCAUUUUAAGAAAUAAAUGGAAACUCAGCCAGAAUCAGCAGCCCCGGAGGCGAAAUCGUCCCCUAAAGUUGAUGCCUUAGCCGCUCGUCGUGAGGCCCGACGAAAACGAAUCCUGGAAAACUCCAACAAUCGGCUGACCAAAAUAACAGGCCGAGAGCACAAUGAGCCGCCUACAGUGGAUUUCACCGUUAAACCCCCGGACGUAAUCUACCCGGAUCCGGAGGUCGAACGCGAUGAGUACACGCAUCCGGAGCAGCACCUGUUCGGCUCGUCCCUCCCGGAAGGAUUCCCCAAUAUGGCCAACGGUGACAUAUUCUCCCUCCUCAACCCGCCUCUCAGCACAGAUUCAAGGGGUUCGUUCCCGGCCACACAAUCACCACCGGUUCCCGAUACCGCUUUAGUUAAGUUCCUGCGAACCCGCAUUCAUCUGGCCCUGAUGGCCGUCCUGGUCUAUCUGCUAUUUGCCAACAAUCUUCAGCACCUGAUCGGCGGAAGCGUCUUCAUCCUGCUCCUGGGCUGGGAAAUGGUCGAAGUGUUCCUGCUGAAAACCUACGAAAAGCGAUCGUCCUUCCUGGAUGUGGUCUUUCUGCUGGGAGGCAUUUCCCCGAAGUACUCCCAAAUCACUCUCAAGUUCACCCAAACCAUCAACAAGGUGCUGAAGGAUGUGACUUUCUUUGUGUUCUUCUUCGUGGUCACGCACCUGCUGUGGAGUCGAUUCGUCCUGGGGAUUGAGCUUGGUUACGUCCUGGGGUACGACCAGUUGGAAAAGGCUUCGGGAGAGGUCGCCAACUAGGAGGUUUUCCGGAACGACGACGUGGCUGGGUAAGUUCGAGCCUUAUUCAAUCGAUUCUAGCUUUUGACGGACUAAUUUAACGUACAUGGGAAGAGUUGAUUUCGUUUUUGUUGGUUUUUAAUUUUUUAAACGAUUUGAUUAGUUAUUAAAGUUCGUGGUUUAUAAGACGAUGAGGAUGCCUUCGUUUCGUUGUCUCACGUGAACUCAUCGAAAAACUGGUCCCAAUCUGGCAGGAAGAGCCCCGUCAGGAAUAAUUGGUACGCUGUAAAGUAGAAUAGAGGGGAACAUAGGAUUAAUAAACCAAGGGAUACCGAACUAAACAGGUAACAAAUCCAAUCACAAAUACUAGCUAGCACACAAAGAACUAAGGGAUAUAAGCCUUGCAAAAGCUACGAUGCUUAUGAUGUUAGUUUUUGCAAUAAACUGAGUCGUAAGGUAUUUUUUGGAUUAUGCCGUGAGCCGUA